CAGUAAUGUUGUCAUGGUAACCUGAUGUUUACUAUCAAAUAUUAAUUACCCCAUUGUAAAUGACUGUUGACAUUAGCUAGCUCAACUUACAAUCACCAGCUCGACCAAAACAUCUACAAACAGCAACAUGUUUUCUCUCGGAGAGGAACAGCCAGACAUGGUUCAAAACCCAAACUCCGUCCCUAGGGAUGAAGAAUAUUUGCCCUACCCAGCCGUGGCCCCCGUGGUGUUCUUUGGCUUAAAACAGACCACAAGACCCCGUAACUGGUGUCUGAAAGUUGCCUGCAGCUUGUGGUUGGAUUAUGGAUCCAGACUGAUGGCGCUGCUCAGCUGUGCCAACAUGUGCAUGUACGAGACCUGUAAGGAGCCCUCAAACCUACUUACGAUCUUGGAGCGUGUAACAUUCAGCUUCUUCAUGGUGGAGAUGCUCAUGAAGAUGGUGGCCCUGGGAGUCUUUGGCCAUCAAGAAAGUUACCUAAGCAACAACUGGAACAAGUUUGAAGUCCUAACCAACUCUUUGCAUGUGGUAGAUUAUUUUCUGGCUUUCUUCGGCAUCAACUGGCAGAUCUAUAAACUGCUGGAGCCAAUGCGUCUGAUUGGUAGACUACCGGCGGAGAACCAAUACCCUUUCACCUCAGGAAGGGGUAACGGAACACGACGCGGUGCUGCGCGUUCCUGGAGGCAUCCAGGUGAGGUGGACGAGGAAGAAGAAAGGCGAUCUGAAGCCACGUGUUCUCUUUAAUGAUUUCAUUAUACAUAUAUAAACCAAAAAAUACUGAUACUAUCUUUAUUAAAUUGUUAUAUGUGUAAAUAGGAUAUGUAUAUGUUGCAUAUGAGUGUGAUUUGAAUCCACAUCGGUGCUAUCAAUUGAAUGAAUUUGACAUUUUAUAUGUUGAUCUUUGUUUUAUUGUUAUUGUAAACAACAUGCAUAUGUUGUAUGUGACACUGUUGUAUUGAUCGUUUUAUACUGAUUGUUUUGAGCGGUUGUACAAACUGCUGGUGUUGAUUUUAUUUGAAUAAAAUGAU